AUGUCAUCCAAUAGUUUAAAUGAACUCAUUCAUAAUCUGCUCAUAUUCAUCUUAGAAUAUAAUUGGAUAUAUAAUUUUCAAUGGAUUGGUGAUUUAUGUAAGAUUAAUAAAGAUUCUUCUAAUUUAUGUAUAUCAUCUAUUAUUGAAAGUUUACCAUCAUCUUGGAAAAAUGUAUUAAAGAGUGCAAGUCUUCAAGAAUUACAAAUGUUUGUUUUGGGUACUUCAAAUUUAUCCCAUUGGCCUAAUAGUCUUAUAAAUUUAUCUAAUCAAUGUCGUCAAUUCACAAGAUUAUUAUUUCAAUAUAUGAUAUUCAAAUCAAAUAAACAAUUUCCUUGUUGUUAUUUCAAUUCUAAUAGUAUAUGUACAGAUUUAAUAAAAUGUAUACAAAUGAAUAAUAUAGAAAAGAAUUAUCUAUUAAAAUUAUCCAAAAAGAAAUCAUAUGAACUUAAACAAAUAUCAAUACUUAUUCAAACAAUCUUAUUAUCAGUUGUGAAUAGUACUACGACAACAACUGCCACGACGACGACGACGACUACUGCCACGACGACGACGACGACUACUGCCACGACGACGACGACGACUACUGCGACGACAACGACGACGACUACUACUACUACGACGACGACAACAACGACGACUACCACUAAUAGUAAUAAUAAUAAUAAUGAAUUUGUUAGUUCUUCACAAGAUAUAUUCCACUUGAAUGAAUUUCUACUGAAUAAUGAACAUAUUAGUGAUCAUUUUCAAAAUAUUCCUUUAAUCAGUAAUGAAUUGAUAGAAAAUAGUAUUAUGAAAGAUGGAAAUUCAAGCAUCCCACUUAAGAUUGUUGAUAUUGGUUCUGGAUUAGGCUAUUUAUCUAAUUAUAUUGGUUAUCAUCUAAUACUUAAAUAUGGGGAUUUAUUUACAGAACCUCAAAUUAUUGCAGUUGAAUGUGAUGAGGGUUUACAUUUUAAAGCUUUGAAAAAUUUAAGCCAGUAUAAUUCAAUAUUUCAAGUGAAAUCUUUAACUUCAAUUGUGAAACGAUUACUAUUUCGUGUUGAAUCGACGAAUUUAAAUUUGUUACAAACAAGACUUUAUCAAUUCACUUCUGGUUAUAAUUACUUAUUACUUGGUUUACAUUGUUGUGGAGAUUUAAGUCAAUCUAUGAUUGAAUUAUUUCAUCAAGAUUGUUCAGCAAAAAUUCUACUAUUAGUCGGAUGUUGUUAUCAUAAAAUGACAGUGGAAAAGUUUCCUACGAGUGAUUACUUACGUAAAGCGAUGUUAAAUUGUGAUAUGAACUUUAUUGAAAAAUGUAUUACACCAGCUACACUACGUUUAGCCUGUCAACAUUCACCUUUAACAUGGUUAAAUUGGACAGAAUUAGAUGCUAAUAAACAUCGUAUACGUGUAUUGGCUCGUAUAAUUUUAGAUUUGAUAUUGAUCAAGUAUAACAACUUGUCUAUGGUAUUUGAACGAUAUAAACGACUUGAUCCAGUGACACAAUGUGAUGCAAUAAAGAAAUUAUUAGCUACUAAUUAUUAUGAAAAUGAUGCGAAUGAUAAUCCUCGAUCACUUCACUUCAAUGAUGUGUAUCCACAUAUUAUCAACUUUUGGCAAAAGUACUUAGCAGAUAUUCUAUGUUCCAAUCAGUCAACUAAUAGUGACUUAUGUUUCACGGAAUAUCGUGACUAUUUUGAACAGAUAUGGAAUCUGAUACCAGGUCUAUUAGCUUUACAGCAAUUAUUUCAACCAUUACUUGAGACAAUUGUACUGUUUGAUCGUUUAUGGUAUCUUAGAGAAUAUGGCAACAUAAAUGGAAAAUAUGAUCAAGUUGAUCCUUAUCAAUAUUCUGGUUAUAUACGUAUUUUUGACCCAGUUUUAUCACCACGUUGUAUGGCAUUGUUAGUGUGUAAAAAAUAG